GUUAUUUAUAACUUAAGUUCACUAAUUAAAGAACGGUUGUUAAUUGACAGCUUUUUCCAAGCAAGGAGAAUAUUUUUGGUUGCACACAUGACAACCUUGUUAUACGUAAUUAGAAGACAUAUUGUGUAAUACCGAAUAAUUAACCCUUUAGCCGCUAAGCGCGUCAUAAGUCGUUCACCGAUAAUCCCAUUCACAGUGCUAAGCGCAUCAUAUGUCGUUCUCGAUAGUGACUCUGUUUACAUCCUCUGUCAUGCGCGAUUUUUAACUCAAUCGACCUAAUUCCCCGAUAUUAAAGUUGUUGCGGCCUUGAUGUAUGCUUAUGUAAAACUUUAUCCAAUAAUUAUUUACAUUUAUUGUAGUUAUGCGCGAGUUUCCGCGAUUUAAAUAGAACGACAUGCGCAGUAAAUCAUAUCCGUAAAAAUGGCUUCCGACUCAGAAGACGAUGUUUACAAUGACCGAUUUGUUCGCAAUUUAUUAGAUAGUGACGAUGACUCAGAUGAUUCUUUCGAUGGGUUUGACCCUGUUCGACCACGAAGAAACUAUAACAUUCUUCUAGAGACGCCAUUGUCGGUCUUUGGGCCUGAAAACAACGUGGAGAUCGAGGCAGAUCGGGAAGCAGGGUGGACUGGAAAUGAAACCUUUCCAACUGUGAUGCCAUUCAAUGGUGGUGGGACGUUAAACGUUGAGAUGGACUCGCACAAUCCCAUUGACUAUAUGAAAUUGUUCAUUGACAACGAUUUUUUUGAGGUCAUGUGUAAUGAGACCAAUGCGUAUGCAACAAACCGGAUGGCAAACCAGGAACUGGCAACCCACAGUCGAAUGCGAAAAUGGGAGGACGUCACCCCUAGCAAAAUGAAGGUCUUCUUCGCCCUGGUCAUCGCCAUGGGACUAGUCUACAAGUCGGACCUAGAUGAUUAUUGUACUACAGAUUAUGUCACAGAAACUCCAUUCUUCUCCAGAUCUAUGUCAAGGGACAGAUUCCUGAAUAUCCUGUCCAACUUCCAUAUUUCAACUGAUGAAGAUCCGACUGAUAAGCUAAGACGGAUCCGCCCCAUGAUUAUCCGGACAAUGCAGCGCUUCUCUAAAGUGUACACCCCUGACGAAAACCUCAGCUUUGAUGAGGCAACUUGUCCUUGGAAGGGUCGAUUGAACAUAAAGGUGUAAAUAAGAACAAACCUGCCAAGUUUGGUGUAAAGUUGUACACUGUUUGUGAAGCAGGUAGUGGAUACUGCUUGGGUUACGACAUUUACGCAGGACGCCAAGAAAAUCGACAUGCCCCGGACUACUAUGAGGCCUUGACAGGAGAGACUCAGCACCUGACCAAAACUACGUGCAUUGUUAUGAACUUGAUGUCCAGGUGUGGGUUGCUGCAUAAAGGCCAUAAAGUAUACAUGGACAACUAUUACACGUCCCCUGAACUCUUUCAGGAACUUGAAAGUUCCGAAACAUAUGGGUGUGGAACUUUACGAGUGAACCGAGUUGGUACACCCUUGGCCAUCAAGAGUAAGCGUAAAUUAAAUGAAGGUGAAGUUGUGUUUCGCCGAAAGGAUAAUCUGCUGGCCAUGCGCUACAAAGACAAGCGGGAUGUGACUAUGUUGACAAAUUUCCAUGAGGCAAACAUGGCAGUGUUGGAAAAACGUGAUUAUCGGACUGGUGAUAAUGUCCGAAAACCUAAGUGCAUAGUUGACUAUUGCAAACACAUGGGUGGUGUAGAUCUUUUGGAUCAGUUUGGACACUAUAACUGCCUGACCAGAAAGUCUAAGAAAUGGUGGAGGAAGUUAUUUUUCUACCUUGUCAACAUGACUUUUGUGAACAGUUACAUAUUGUACAAGAAGUUUGCUGUCGGCGAGAAGAAACUGGACCAUGACAAGUUCAGAUCUGCCAUUGUCUGUUCCUUGUUGGAAGAAGCUGGGGAUGUGGCAUGUAGGCAGGUUAAAAGAGGGCGACCAGUCCUUGGGGAGAUUCCAACACGUAUGGUCUCCAGGUGCUUUCCGGAGUACAUCCCAGCCAAGGAAGGUGCGAAACGAGCGAGGCCCCUACGUGACUGUGUGGUGUGUAACCCAAAGAAGAAGGAGCGGGAUGGACAUAAGCGUGUCAUGACAUCAUUUUGGUGUCCAGAGUGCCAGGUUGCACUUUGUGUGAACCAGUGUUUCAAGGACUUUCACACAAAGAAGAACUUCAAGUAGAAAAAAAAUGACUGAUAAUGUGUAAGGUUACAUUUCAAUGCCUCCGGCUGGAGUCAAUGGACGUAAUUGCAGAGAAAAUGUGUCAAUAAAAGCAUUGAAAACUUUUAAAUGUAUAUAAAAGUGUUAAGUUUAACAAUAUUCUUUAUAUCAAAUCAUAUUGUGAUGACAAUGAUCAGCUACAUCAAAAAUUGUCAACAAAAAUAAGCUUCAAGAUUUCAUAAAAAAAAAAUUGUCACACCUGACAUUUACCUGUGCUGUAAAAUGUCCAUUACUAUGUCUUUUUAUGUGUUAUUUGUGUAAAUUAUUAUGUUGUUUUGUUUUUUCUUUAAAUGUACAAAUAGAUAAAUGAAAUCUAAGAAAUUGCUCAAUAAAAUUGUAGAACAUU